AUGGGUUUACCGAAUCUAACAGGAUUAUUCUUCUGGUUAUUAUUGUUUUUAUCAUCUUUUUUUGGUUCCAUAUUUCUUCUAUUUCCAUUAAUUCCGCUCAUAUAUUUUGCUCCUUCGUUAUGGCGUACAUUUGCUGAUUGUUUCAUUGGUUAUUGGCUAUUUUUACCUUCGUCGUUAUGUGAUUACAUAUUGGGAAUGGAAUUUCACAUCACUGGAGAUAUGAUAAAUUGCUCCGAACCGGCGUUAAUUAUCAUGAAUCACAGGACGAGACUUGAUUGGAUGUUCUUUUGGAAUGCACUUUACAAAAUGGAUCCAUGGCUACUUACAACUGAGAAAAUAUCAUUGAAAAAAGCAUUGGAAUAUAUACCUGGAGCAGGAUGGGCAAUGCAGUGCGCAGCUUACUUGUUCCUAGAACGUAACUAUAAAAAUGAUGCUCAUACCAUUAGUGACAUGAUCACUUAUUACAAAGAUUUGGGUCGUCACUAUCAGAUUUUACUUUUUCCGGAAGGAACGGAUCGUGGUGAACGAGCUGCAAAGCGUAGCGAUGAAUUUGCGAUACAACACGGUUUACCGAUAUACCACUUUGUUUUGCAUCCCCGUACGACGGGUUUUUCUUAUAUGAUACAAGUGAUGCGUCAAAAAAGUUACUUAAAGAAUAUUUACGACAUAACGAUUGGAUAUCCAGAUGAUAUCGUCAGUUCAGAGCUGGAAGUACUCCAAAAGGGCCGCUUUCCGCACGCUGUACAUUUCGAUGUAAAGAGAUAUAAAGAAAAUGAUUUACCUAAAGAUGACUGUGGUUUGGCUGAUUGGAUCAAUAAAAUUUGGAGAGAGAAAGAGAAUCGACUGGCGAAUUUUUAUAAGACUGACAUUGCCCAUAGGAAAUUCUUGCCUUGCAGUGGGAAAAAUAAUUGGCCGGUGAGUACGACAGCUAUUGGAUAUUAUUGUGCAUUUUCAUUCUGGACAACGAUAUCUGUAAUAUGGAUUUACUCCGUCAUUUAUUUUCCCUUUGUCAGAAUUUACGUAUUUUUUGCUUGCGUUUUUUACGUCUAUUGUCACUGGCAAUAUGCAGGUGUACAAAAUUUGGCAUUACAAUUAUCUAAACAAAAACGGCAAAUUAAUUAA